AUGUGGCAGGCAAGCAAUGUCUAUGCCAUCUGUGGCUUUGCCGCCAUUGGCGGUGGUCUAUUCGGAUUCGACAUCUCUUCCAUGUCUGGCGUCCUCGGCACCGAGGCCUACCGCCAGUACUUCGACCACCCAACCGAGUACCGCCAGGGUGGCAUCACUGCCUCCAUGCCUGUUGGCUCUCUCCUGGGUGCUCUUUCUUCUUCCUUCAUCGCCGAUCGUUUCUCUCGAAAGGUGUCUCUGCAGAUCGCCUGUAUCUUCUGGAUCAUCGGUGCUACAUUUCAGUGUGCCGCCAACGGUGUGGCUCUACUCUGCGUAGGCCGCAUUGUUGCCGGCUACUGUGUCGGUAUAUGCUCAGCCAUCGUUCCUGUCUACCAGUCCGAGAUUGCUCCCAAAGAGAUUCGUGGCCGCGUCGUAUCGCUGCAGCAGUGGGCCAUUACUUGGGGUAUCCUGAUUCAGUACUUCAUCCAGUAUGGUGCGGCCGAGGGCACAGAUGGUGGUCCGACUGAUCCCGAGCAGUCAACCGCCGCUUUCCGUAUCCCCUGGGGUGUUCAGAUGGUGCCUGGCGUCAUCCUCUUCUUCGGCCUAUUUUUCUGCCCCUACAGUCCACGGUGGCUCGCGUCGAAGGAUCGCUGGGAAGAGGCAAUGAAGGUUCUCGUCCAUGUCCAUGGAAAGGGCAAUCCCGAUGACCCCAAAGUCCUCGCUCAGUAUCAAGAAAUCGAGGAGGCUCUACGCUUCGAACGUGAGCAGGCUGUUACAAGCUUCAAGGCACUCGUCGCUCCGAGAAUGUUCAAGCGCGUGCUUCUCGGUAUGAGUUUGCAGGCUUGGUCGCAGCUUUGCGGAAUGAACAUUAUGAUGUACUACAUCGUCUACAUCAUGCAAGGCGCUGGCCUUGGCAACCCUCUUCUGACAGCUUCGGUACAGUACAUCAUCAACGUUGCCCUUACCCUUCCCGCUAUUAUCUUCCUCGACAAGUGGGGUCGCCGUAAGCCCCUCAUCAUCGGCUCCUUCUUCAUGAUGACCUGGCUUUUCAUCUCGGGUGCGUUGCAACAGGCCUAUGGCGAGCCGAACACGGAUGAGACGCGCACCACUGAGAACUCUGAUGUCACCUGGAUCGUUUACGAGCAGCGACCCGUUUCUAUCGCUAUUGUCUCAUGCUCCUAUCUCUUCGUCGCAACUUUCGCGACCACCUGGGGACCAGUGUCCUGGACCUACCCUGCCGAGAUCUUCCCGAGUAAAGUACGCGCCAAGGCUGUCUCGCUCGCGACAGCUACAAACUGGUUCUUCAACACUGUUCUGGCAUUUGCCGUGCCUCCACUGCUCUGGAACAUCAACUACAACAUGUACUACAUCUUCGCCACCUUCAACGCACUCGCAUGCAUCCACAUGUUCCUGCUCGCGCCAGAAACAAAGGGCUUCACGCUUGAGGAAAUGGACGAUGUGUUCAACUCAGGCAUCCCGGCCUGGCGCACACACGUCAAAACGUCGCGGUUGGACGAGCUUACUGUUGAGAUUGAGGCAGCGAAAGUGAAAGGCGUCGAACCUGCUGUGGGCAACGACGGAUACGUGGCAGGCGAGAAGACUGCGCAAACAACGACGGGAUCACACGGGGACAACACACGAGCUGUGUGA